GAGAAUAACAGAAAAAAAGUGUUAACAACCAAAUUCUUGGAGUAAAAAAAACAUGGUGAAGAUCGAAGUUGGAAGUGUGGGUGACUCGUUCAGUGUUGCAUCUCUAAAGGCUUACUUGUCUGAGUUUAUCGCAACUCUUAUCUUUGUAUUCGCUGGCGUUGGCUCAGCUAUCGCUUUUGGCAAGCUAACCUCCGAUGCCGCCUUGGACCCAGCUGGUCUUGUGGCUAUUGCGGUGGCUCACGCGUUUGCCUUGUUUGUUGGGGUUUCGGUUGCUGCUAACAUCUCUGGUGGGCACCUUAACCCUGCCGUGACUCUCGGUCUUGCCGUUGGAGGAAACAUAACACUGAUCACAGGUUUCUUAUACUGGAUCGCUCAGUGUCUUGGCUCCAUCGUUGCUUGCCUUCUCCUUGUCUUUGUUACCAAUGGAGAGAGCGUACCGACCCAUGGAGUCGGAGCCGGUUUAGGAGCACUGGAAGGUAUCGUGAUGGAGAUCGUUGUGACAUUUGCUUUGGUCUACACCGUUUACGCCACAGCUGCUGAUCCAAAGAAGGGAUCGCUAGGAACCAUCGCUCCAAUCGCUAUCGGUUUCAUCGUUGGUGCCAACAUCCUCGCUGCUGGUCCUUUCAGCGGUGGCUCCAUGAACCCAGCGAGGUCGUUCGGACCAGCUGUUGUCAGUGGAGACUUGUCACAAAUCUGGAUCUACUGGGUGGGUCCACUCGUUGGUGGUGCACUUGCUGGACUCAUCUACGGCGAUGUGUUCAUUGGUGCUUACCAAGAAGUUUAAACCCGCGAGGUCCGAGUUUGAUUAAACGGAUUUGUGAUUUCUUGAUGUUUGCUUUGAUUUUGUGUUUGAUUGUGUAUGUUUGAUGUCUAUGCCUGCGUCUCUACAAGAUUGCAUGUAGAGAAAAAGUUGUCUUAAAAAAAGAAGAAGUUAUAUCUUGUUAAUAAUAAAAAGAUGUAAAUAUAUUUUCUACUUUAUAUGGCAAAACUGAAUCAGCUAAA